AUGCCUGGAAACACCACUGAGAAGCGCAACGAGGCCGACAAGGCCGUUGAGGAUAUUGCCAUGACCGACAAGGUCGAGCCCAUUGAGGACGCAGCCGAGCGCCCCGCGCAGAAGAAGAAAAGGAACAAGAGGAAGCACUCCCAGGCAUACUAUGACAGGCGAAAGACACAGGAGUACAAGAACCAGCGCAAGGAGCGUCGCCGUCUCCGCAAGGCGGGCAUUGAGAUCCCUCCCCCGCCUCCCCCGGUGCGCGACCCUACCCUGCCACCCAAGCGCAAGCGCAAUCAACACCGUCCAGGCAAGAAACGGGCUAAAAAGGCAAAAAAAGCUGCUAAGAGAGCUGCUGAGCAAGCCCCUCUGACACCCGCAGCUGCAAGCACCUCCCUCCUUUCUGACACCCACCCCACCCACCCCACCCACCUUGAGAAGGAUACCACAUCCAAUGCUGAAGAUCAAGAGAUGGAAGACGACGAUCUUGAGAUGGGAGAUGGCGAUGUGGAGAUGGUUUUGGGCCCGGCAGCUAACGUGGAUCUUGUCAUUCGAAGCAAGACAUCCCACUGA